GGGCGUAGUAGCUUGCCCACUGCUGAAUUCAGCGAAUUGCCCCUCACAGAUGUUUGACUAAGGUCGUGAUCGUAAAAAAGUCGGUGAACGAACAACUGCACGUGUGUAUACGGCGAAUAUUUGGAUCGUGCAGCCUUCGUCGAUUCCGCACCUCGUUCUCCGUGGAGGAUUGUGGAAGUCUCGAGUUGACACCAACGAAUUAAUCCCCAAGGAAUCGAAGUGACUGCAGAACGAGCAAGUGCGUGUGGUACUGCGUGUUUUAUGUAUACAUAAUACUACAAACAGCCCUCGCCCUUGACGAUCCCUUUCCGUGGCAAAGCCUAAAACCAUAAUGGCUUCCUCUACCGGUGCAGGCAAAAACAAGAUGCAAGCCAUCGAUCUCACCAAACUCAAUCUGAUGCAACUGACUCAAUUCAAGAACCAAUUGGACCAAGAUCUCCAGUUCUACCAAGAAUCGAUCCAGAACUUGAAGCAUGCUCAAAGCAAAUUUCAAGAAUCUGGAGAAGCUUUGACCAAAUGUUCGCCCGGAAACGCCGAUAAAGACAUCUUGGUACCCCUGACUGGGUCCAUGUAUGUUCCGGGCAAACUGAAGGAUCCUGAGAAAGUCGUGGUGGACGUGGGUACCGGAUACUACGUGGAGAAGGAUAUUCCCAAUGCGAAAGAGUACUUCACGAAAAAGGUGAAAUAUGUCACUGAGCAAAUGGAAAAGGUUCAAGCUAUCGGCAGCGAGAAGAAUCGUGUUCGUGACGCAGUCAUGGAUGUGAUGGAGAUAAAGCUUCAACAACAGUUUUCGCAGCAAAAGGCUGGCCAAACAGCCAGUGCCUAAUAGCCAGCCGGGCCAAGAACAAGAAAAUUACGAUUGAAAAGACGUGGGGGUCUUCCUUCUCUAAAGGGUUAUUUCUGCCCAUACCACGAUUUAAGAAACAAAACUCACCAAUAAACAUCAUUUAACUUGA